AUGGCGGCCCUUCAAAAAGCGCAUAAAGAAUUGUUGGAUUAUUGGGCGAAGGAGCCUCGCGAUAUUCCUAAAAUAGAAAAGGCUAUCGCCGAUAUUUCCGUGAGUUUUUUUUUGAUUUGGAUUUGCAAUUAUUCAUUUAUUUGUUUUUGUAGAACGUUCUUGGCACUGCUGCUCCAACUGGUGAUCAAUUUUUCCUUGUUGUUUCAAAGUUCGUUUCCAUUUGUUGUUGAGAAGAUUUUUUUUGAUUAAAGAGAUCUGCAUGAAAUCUCCGCUCUUCUCGCUGUUAUCAAGAAUAAUAUGGAUGUUUUCGACGAUGCUAUUACUCAGGUUUUCCGAUGAUUUUUUCAAUAGAUUUAUGCUCUUUUCAGGUGAUGACCUUUUACGAAAUGGCUCCAAAUCAUGCAGAGCACAAGUAUUUGAUGAUUGGUUUGCAUUUGAUGUACCUUCUUGCUAAUAACAGACUCUCCGACUUUCAUAUGGUCAUUUUUCCAUUAGCGUAAAGGAUAGUUUUUUUUUUCAUUUCAGUUGCUCGAGCAAGUGCCUCAUAAAGAACAAGUUUCUAACGCGUAUAUCUCGACUCCGGUUCGACUUGAGCAGUCACUAAUGGAAGGAGCGUACAACAAGGUUUGUACUUCUUUUUUUUUCUCGAUUUCUGUUUGUGGAUGGAAAAUUUGAGUUUAAAUAUUUUCUUGAAUGGAUAGAGUAAGCUUUUUUUACAAAUAAUGUCAAUUUCCAUAAAAUUAUCUUUUUAGAUAAAUUUUUUUCAAAUCGAUGUUAUGAGCCGCCGAUAUUCGCGUUUAGUAAUUAUAAAAUUAAUAUGUAGUUUGAAAAAAAUAAAAAUAAAGCGGAACUUGAUAAUUUUUUUCUACUCAACGAGAUUAUAAAACUAUUAUAUUUCUUCUGAUUAUAUUCUGUUGAUACUGAAAGUAAUUUAUUUUCACAAUUAUCAGAGAUUUUUGGUUUCUGUUUUUAAAUGCGGUAUGAAACGGUUGAUGUUUCAUGAACUUUUAUCUUUUAAAAAGAAGACCACUCUUUUAGAAAUAACUUUUUCGAAGAAGAAGAUCAGGUUUCUAUUCAAAUAUUGUACAUAAGUAAAAGAUCUUUUCGACCUUUUUAACCGUUUUUUUAGAUCCUCUGACUUUGUCUGGAAGUUUUGAUUUGUUCGGCAUAGGUCCACUUUAAAAUGCUUUUUCCUGCUCAGGUUGUUCUGACGGAGAAAAACAUCCCCUGCCCUUACUACUCCAUCUUCAUUCGGACGAUGGUGGACACGGUGCGGCGUGAUAUCGCCACCUCUAUCGAAAAAUCCUUCAAAGUUCUGACGGCUCGCGAUGCCGCCACCAUGCUUCUCUUCGAUUCUGAGGCACAGCUCCAGGACUUUGCGAAACAGGUUGACUCAAAAAUUGAAUUUUUCAUUUUUAAACCAGAUGGCCGAAUACAUCAAACAAUUCAAAAUAGCUGUUUUCUUAUUCAUAACUACUCUUUCAACCGGCUUAUUUCUAAUUCCCUUAUCAAAUUGAAGUCUAUAUUGAAAAGUUCCGUGAGGACGAUUUUAGAAUAGAAUUUUUUUUUGAUUUCAGAGAAGUUGCUAUUUCACACUUAAUGCAUUUACUGGCAAGAUCUCGAAUUUUAUGAUGUUGAAAAUUUUUCAGCGCAAUUGGAAGCUACAAGGUUCGAGCUUUUUGUUCGAAGCUGAGGUGCCGAUGGUGCAGGACAAUCUGCAGCCACUCGACACUACGAGAAUCGCCACUCACACAAUAUUUUAUGCAAAGCAACUUGAGCAAAUCGUCUAA